UUUUUCUUGCAGCAAAAAAAAAAUUUUUUUUUUUCUUCAAAAAUUUGGAACUUUCUUAGUUUUUUUAUAGAUUCAAGACAAUAAAAAACUUUUUUUUAACAAAACAAAAGUAUUAUUAGUGUAACUUAAAUAAUUAUUUGAAGAAUUUAAAAUAAUUACAAAUGUCUCCUCGUACGAACUCCCCCACACCACCAUUUGGUCCGUACGACGAUAUCAAUGACUUUGAUUAUCCUGCAGGACCUUCAGGACAUCAAAAUCCUUACUUCAAUAAUAUCAGUCAAGCAAAUUUUUAUCCAUCACAACAACAAAAUAAUAUAACACCUAAUGGAACAAAUGUACUUAGAAAUGAUAUUACAGAAACACCUUCAACUCGUAAUAGUUCUAAUAAUGAUGAGAAUGGAUUAUUUAAAGCUCUUCUUCUUCGUCCUCUUAAUAUACCAAGAAAAGUUCUUUCAUCUUCAGUAGUAAAAGGUGUUUCUUUAAUGAUAUUAUAUUCAUUUUGUAUAACAAGUGUAUGUUUUAUAUUUUUUGUUUCAUACCUUUUAACGUUCUACGAUGAUGCCCGAAGAUUAUUCCGUACUUCACGUGUAUGGGCACAAUUGAGAAGUGGAGUUAGAGAGAGAAUAGCUAUGAUGGGGGAUGAUUGGGAGGAUUUCUUACAAAAAUAUUUUGAUCAAUCAUGGGAUGGCGUUGAUGUUAAUCGUAACGUUCAUCUUGGUAAUAAUAACAAUUCAUCAUCAGCAAAUGAUUCAAAUUCUAAAAGACAAACUCCAUUUAAUAAUGGUAUUCCAAAAGAUUUAGAUUGGCUUAAAGGAGCAUUAUUAGAUUUUAUGACUGUUAUUGCAGGUCAAGAUGUAACCAGCAAAUUUCAAGAAUCUUUUCGUGGUCAACCACCAACUGCAACAGCUGGAGGUGAUACUGGAAGAAAAUAAAUUUAUAUAUAUAUGUAUAUCCUCUCUCAUAUUAUUAUAUAUUUAUAACAUUUAAUUAUAACAUAUUGAAGGUUGUAAAUGAUAAUCUCGACUUUCAUCA